CUCUGUCCCUGUUCUGUCCACAGCUCAGAGUCUUUCUAGUGCAAAUUCUAAAAGAAAAAAAUACAAGAAAAAGACAGAAAUCAUGGAGCAAGUUAUAAUGGUUACUCUGAUUUUAGCACUGAUUACAGGGUUCAGUCAAGAGCAAAAUCUGUUACCACCAGGACCGAUCAGUGGGGAAGUAGGAAAUAGUGUACUGUUUACCACCAUCCCUUCCUCUCAACCAAUAAGAGGUAUCAGAUGGAAGUUCAGCGGUAAUGAUGUGGUCAAUUAUUCCCAUUCAGGACCUGAGACAGUGAACCCCAUAUACAGUGGUAGAGUAUUUCUAAACAGUAGUUCAGGAGAACUGGAACUAAAAAAGCUGACCCUGGCUGACUCUGGAGAGUACACCUUAGUUUUAACAUUUGAAAGUGGUUUAGGGUUUCAAGACAACACUUUACUGCAGGUGUUUGAACCAGUGUUUAAUAUAAGCAUCAGAGGCCCUGAGGGCAAUCUCAUUGAAAAUAGUAGUGUCAACUUUACCUGUGAGGGAAAUGGCACCAUCAGUACUACUUUGUGGAAGAAGGGCAUGGAAAUUCUAAAUUCUAGCAGCAGCAUCACAUUCUUGGAUGACAACAGGACGGUGGUGUUCAGUCCAUUAUUAAGAUCAGACAGCGGCAAUUACCAGUGUGUAAUGAACAACCCUAUAAGUAAUGGCUUUGCAGGUUACAACAUUACUGUUAACUAUGGGCCAGAUGUGAGGAUGCUGGGUGUACAAACUUUAGAGGAAGGCUCAGAUAUCCUUCUUUUCUGCUCCUCUAAAUCUUUUCCCCCUGCCACUGUUUCAUGGACAGUAAAAGGCAUGUCUUUUGUUAACACACUCCUGUAUGUCAAAGAGAACAGUAACUCAAGUGAUAGUGGGAAUUACAGCUGUACUUGCAUGAACAAAGUCACUGGGAUCACAGCAUCUGCAUUUCUAAUUCUGACAGUUGAAGUUGUGUCCUCUAGGCUCGGUCCCGGUGUAGAAGCAGGUAUUACACUAGGUGUUGUUAUUGCACUGGUGCUUUUGCUCAUGCUCACUUUUUUCCUUGUAGAGCACUUUAAAAAACCUGCUGGCCCUGUUAGAGAAGCACAAGCACCAAUGACAGGAAUCCGAACCAAUCCAACAUUCGAUGAUAUGAAUGCAGGGGCCAGAACUCCUGUUACAACAACAGGAAUUACACAUAAUCUUCAAGCUAACAAAGAAAAGCACGCUAAGUAUAUAAACACUCCACCCUCUCUUCCCCCUAGGGGUCCACCACCUUUGCCACGAGACAGGCAGACACAAGAAUCAGAUCUUUACAGCAGAACAAUAGAUACAUUCAAAUAGCUGCUGGCCCUUCAAGACAUUGGACACACUGUACAUUGAGAAGAUGUUAAAAUAAUUAACAACCAUGUCUCUUGUAUUUUCAUUUAUAGCUCAGAUUGUACAAAAUUGAUUUAAAUGAAAAUGGUAUUUUUUUAAUUAUACUUUUAAUAAUGUCAUGCUUCUGACAUACAGUCAAAUGCCUAUAUAAAGUUUUAAACAUAAUCUUUGUUUUUUUCUUUAACAGAUAAUGAUUUUUUUUAAUAUAUAUGUCAUCAGGAUUCUUCCCUCUGUUCUGUAGCAUUAAGGGAAGUGAUGUGUAUCUGACUAAAUGAAUACUUUAUAGUGCAAUGUGCUGGUAAGUGAUCUAAUGUAAUUGGCAAAUCUAGAUGUUGCUAACAGAACUGAUAACACUUACCAAGGGCUGAGUUUACAGGAACAAGGAAACACAAACUUGGUUGUGUAGUAAAACUUCCAGCAAAAUGAUAUACUCCCUCAUAAAAUGUGACUGUUCUGCUAAUGCAGGCAUAACACUAUAAAGCUUGUGUUGCCUGAAAUUAAUUAGGUUUUUUUUUUUUUUUUUUUUGUGAAAUGCUAAUGAAUUCAUUUGUUUGAUCUGUUGAUGGAAGACACCAGUCAGCCUAUGAAUUUAAGGCAACAAACCAAAAUGAAUUGAAAAGCGAAUACAUAUAAUUGAGUUGAAUUAGGUGCAUUUAUUCAGAAAGUUAUUCAACUAAUGUUGACUUUGGACCUGACUAGAGAAAGAAUAUAGUUGGUAAAAUUAGAUGUUUGUAUAAGUAUCGUGUCAUGGAAAUUUAAGUCUCUACUAAUAAAAUGCAUAAACAGAGAGGAUCA